AUGGUUCGGGGACCAACUCCUGAAAAGGCAACGAAAGGAGUUCCAGAUCGCUGGAUGAACUGCCCAAAAGUUGGUAUGCUUGUGAUGGGCACAUUUCUACCUUUCAAAUCUCCUUUGUGUGUUCUUUAUGAUAAUCAGAUUCCCGACAAAAAGCUUCGAUUUUAUGUUAGAGAUGUUUUUAAUCAUGUAAACCUUGGAGGCAGGAGAAUUGGAUUAUGGAUUGAUCUCACGAGGACGGAUCGCUAUUAUUAUAGUGAAGAAGUUACUGAACACGGUUGCGUUUAUAAGAAAAUACCACUAGUUGGUCAUAAUGAAUCUCCGAGCGAAGAAGAAACUGAGCAAUUUAUAAAAAUUGUUUCGGAAUUUCGAAACAAUAACCCAUCAGGAAUUGUUGGCGUUCAUUGUACUCACGGUUUUAACCGCACCGGUUUUCUUAUAUCGGCGUAUCUCUUUAGCGUAGAGGGAUGGGGAAUCGACGCAGCAAUCAGCGAAUUCGCCAGAAGUCGACCUAAUGGAAUUUACAAGCAGGAUUACAUAAAUGAUCUCUUCGAUAGGUAUGGCGAAGAGGAUGAUGAUAGGAUUAUUGCUCCACCAAAGCCAACAUGGGAUGAUCCAACUUCCGUAUCGGAUUUGAUUCCGCGAACGAAUGGAUUUGAAGCCGGUGAUUCGGUCAGUGCUAAUACUGCCAAUGUCAAACAAUUUAUGGACGGAUUGGUUGAAGGAGUCACUAUAUGCGACGAUGAAAGUAGAAAGGCUAUGCUUCGUGCAAGAAUAAAAACGCUUUGUAAAUAUAAUCGCGACGGGUUUCCGGGGCUACAACCAGUUUCAUUGAGUAGGCAUAAUAUUGGUUUAUUAGAAAAGGAAACUUAUUUGGUGUCUUGGAAAGCUGACGGAAUGAGAUACAUGGUGUUCAUUUGCGAUCAAGGAGAAGUUUUCGCGUUCGACCGUGACAAUGAAGUGUUUGAAAUUCAUAACCUGGACUUUCCUGCCAAAAAUGGAGGACAUAUAAAAAAUACUCUUGUUGAUGCCGAAAUGAUUAUUGAAAAGGUGAAAGAAGGAGAUCGAAUUCACACGAUUCCUCGUUUGCUGAUUUAUGAUAUCAUUCAUUUCGAUAAUUUCAAUAUGAUGAAGAGUAACUAUAAAAUACGUGCAGAAUGUAUUCGAAGUGAAAUUAUUAAACCAAGGAAUGAAGCAAUUGCAAGGAACAAAAUUAAAAAAGAACGACAAGUAAUGUCAGUACGUAUUAAAGAUUUCUGGGAUCUUGUGGCUGUUCCUAAACUAUUCGAGCCAAAAUUUGUUGAAAAUAUUGGACACGAAAUCGACGGUCUGAUUUUCCAACCGGAUCACAGGCCUUAUGUUGCUGGAAAAUGUGAUUUCGUCUUAAAAUGGAAACCUCCGUCGCACAACUCAGUCGAUUUCAAGCUCAAAAUAGAAAAAAUUGCGAGAAAAAAUAAAUUCAGAAUACAAAAGGAAGGAAUGCUUCCUGAAUGGCGCGGUCUUCUUUACGUCCUUCAUCAUCAAGAGCCGUUCGGAACAAUGAAGGCUACAAACUCUCUUAAAAAGCUGGACGGAAAAAUUAUCGAAUGUACUCUUGAGCUAGAUCAUGCGGGAAGACCAAAAGAAUGGAAAUUUAUGAGAGAACGAACUGAUAAAUCAGCGCCAAAUGCUCUUAAAACUGCUCAGAGUGUGUUUGAUACAAUGACAAACCCAAUCACAAAGGAGCACUUGUGCAGCUAUGUCGCCAGUAUUGUUCGGCACCGUAAUGAAGAACCCCCUGCGAAAAGACCUCAUUAUGAAUAA